CAUGGCGGCAACUUGACAACGGCAGCGAGAUGAAGACGGUGAGGGCUUGAAAAAGAAAAGAGGUCUGUUACAGGCUGUAGGCCCAUCCGCCGACACAAAGACAGACAGCUUCGCCAUGUUGGAAGAGGAUAGCGCCCUUGUCCCUGCACGACCGAGGCCAGGGAAAACGUAAACGCGUCGGUGAGUGUUUCUAAAAACGGAGUCGAGGCUACGCAGAGGAGCGGAGCGGCGCGGCGCGGAGCUCAGGGCGGGCGGGAGGACAGCGGCUUCACCGGUCAGCCAUGGAGGAUGCGGCCCGUGGUCGCCAGCGUCUAAUUUCCCAUCCGGCCCACGCUCAUUUUAAUGGGAAUUACCGCUGAACGCAAAGGCAAGCCGGGACAACCCACCACCUGACAUUUGAGGGGAAGAAAACGCGAAGCGGACCCCACGUCAAUGACUGUUGCGGCAGAGGAGCCCCCACGGUGGAGUCGGCCGGUUCCCAAAAUAUGACCAGGGGUGCUGGGACGUGUUGGCAGCAAGAAGAUGACGACGGCUUCCAAAUCUGGCUAGAGCCCCCCCGCGACAACCAAAAGCCAUUCACCGACUCAGAGAGGGCGCAGAGAUGGCGACUGUCCUUGGCAUCCCUCUUGUUCUUAACCAUCCUCCUCUCUGAUCACCUGUGGUUCUGCGCCGAGGCCACACUGGCCCGGACCCCGGUCAAGUUCGCAUCCUCCCACCUCCUCUCACCCCAGACCCACUCAGCACACAGCAGCCUCAGAGGAAACACAGAUGAUAUUUUUAUAGGAAACUCUACUUUGUGUCCGCUUGAAACUUACCACCAGGAUAGUUUAUCUAAAUACUGCUUUACUUUCGCAGAUGCCGACGAUUUGUGCGAGGGCCUUUCCGACAGAGAGGGGACGCGGGCUGUAAAUAUGAGCGAUUUGUACCUUUCCUUUUGUAACUCCUACUCUCUGCUGGAUUUGUUUUACGGCUCGACAAGUCCGGACAAUUUGAACUGCAGCCUCGACGUGCUCGGCGAUGGCGACACGAGCAGAUGCAGCCUGUGCGUCCAGGCGUACCAGCGCUACGACCAGCACGCCCAGGAGAAAUACGAGGACUUUGAGCUCCUGACUCAGAAAUAUGAGCCGGGGGAAUAUUCAGUGAGGACGUGCAUGGAGCAGUGCAAGACAGCCUAUAAGCCCUGGCUGUGUGCUCAGUAUUUCCCCACCACCCAGCAGUCCUGUCAGAGGAAGGUACCGUGCCACCAGUACUGCCUGGAGGUCCAGCAGAGCUGUCCGUUCAUCCUGCCCGAUAACGACGACCUGAUCCACGGCGGCAGCCCCAGCUUCAUCUGCACAGGGCUCUUGGGAGAUCACCUAUCAGACAAUGAGGCGGAGUGCUGUGACGUCCGAUGGGACUCCAAAAUGGACAACCCUUCAGGCGGGACACUUAAAAGGACUGCUUCUUCCUGCCAGCCCGAGGGGGCCUCGGUCACCUCCGCUGCCACCCCAAGACUGUGCAGCGGGCGACUGAAGAUCUGCCUGCUGGCCCUCGUCCUCCUACACACUGUCAUCAUCAUUUCAGCCUCCCAUAAUUCGACGUUGGUGGGCGUGGCUGCCAUUUUCUCGCCAGAGGAGAGUGCUUCUAAUGAGGAGUGAACCUUGGGGGUCGAAUCUGGUGCUCGCUCGAGAGGAUUAUGGCUUUUACAAUGUCAUGGCUGCCAGGGACACAUCUGGCAAGACAUGCUGGAGAUGCCUCUACAAUCUGCCGCUGAUGAACCAUCAACCACAGGAAGUGGGAGGGUUUUAACUGGAGCUAAGGGUGCUGGGAUUGGACAUCGACCGAACCGAGAUGUUUGAGAACCACCCCCCUAAAGAACUGACCUCUUGCCACUUGAAACCUGCUCAUUUGUUUCUAUUCCAUCCAAAUGUUUUCUAGCAUAUUGUCCCUCCUCUCCUCCCCUCCCUUCCUCCCCUCCCUCCCCUCCCUUCCUGGCGUUUUCAGUGUGUAUGGAUGGCACGUCAGGGGAAAAAUGGACAUUGAUGAAGUGUGCGCUCUCACUCAUCAUUACCUUUAGAUUUUUGCUGCAUUUCUUUCAGGUGCCAGAAUGUUUUGACAUAUCAACUGUGUUCCACUUCCUCUUCUCCAUCACCUUAGAGGCAUCUUCUUACUACCUUGUAUGUGAUGUUGCUCGAGGGCCUGUCAGGACCAGCUCAUCCAUCAUUCAUGUGGGUCUUGUUUCUCUGAAAACAAAAUGUAUGUGAUUCUUCUAUAUUCUAAUGUUCAGCUUGUAUUUUGUCCCACUAGACCUUUUUCUCAACCCCUUACGACGGUACAUGCCUACACGUUUUAGGACCUUAAGUGCUCUGAGACUGGCUCGCUUUCUCUGCUAACUUGUUGGGCCAUUGAGCAAGUUAGGAGUGACCAAGUGGGAAAGGUAGUGACGGUUCAGCUGAUGAUUACAGGAGUUAACGCUGAGCCUCGUCACUAAACAGUGCUCCUGGACGGGAAAGUGGUGUUCUCUGGUUUCUAAAGUGUUCAGUUUACCUCAGACGGUAGUGUCGGUGUUGCGGACACAGAAAGUAUUUAGAGUAGUCGUACAUGAGACUGCAGGGACAACCCAGGGACACUAGAGGACAGUUGCAUGAUGCCAAAACACCAGGGGCCUCAUUUAUCAACUGCGCGUACGCUCGUUUCUUCACACAGAAUCCAACUUAGCAGUUUCUUUUUGUGCUUCUCUGUUUUUAUUUUGAAAUCUUUCAGAGGAGAGUAACAUUAACAUCACAGUAAAACAAAACUUAGACCGUCUUUAGUUUCAGUUUUGUUAUGAGAGGGGUUGAAAUCAAAUCCGAAAGAUGUGAUUGGAUCACUCAAAAGUGGACUUAACUUAGCAAAUACAGGGCAAUACAGAGCAUAGGAGCUACCAGACUGUUGACCUCCACCUAUGCCACCAUCACCCACAUUGUUAGAUCAGGAGGAGGCUAAGUGUUUGAAUAAUUUAGGCUUCAACCACAUUCUUUAGUAAUGGCUGGAAAACUUUCCCAGCUGGUUAAAGUAGUGUUUAUGAGCCAUGAUCAAAUUUCACACUUGCUGUGACAUCUGACAACAGGAAGUGAAAAGCAUGUAAGUGAUAACUAUAUUUUGAAUUCAGCUGCAUUAAAAAAUAGUACUCACAGAGAGCAGGAGGGGCUGAACGAGAUUGUCUCCCUCCAGUGGCAUCCCCAGAAAUUUUUCAUAGGGGCAGCCAGAUUGGGCCACGGAAAUCUUGGGGUGGCACCAAAACCAAAAGCCAUAACUGAAUUUUAGGAAUUCGAUAUACUCUGGUUUCUGAUUUUACAGUUAAUAUUACUAAUUAUCUGAUGUGCAUAGACUUAUACCAGCACAGUUAAUAUUUUGAGUUCCACAACAAUCCUAUUUUGAUGUCUUAUGUAUCUAUACAUGUCAGGUGAUUCAUUGUUCUUCAGAUAGGCUGGUUGUCCUUUUCUUUAAAAAGACAAAUAUACAGCUUUAAAUUGAAGGGACCAUUGAUUGCAAGGAACCUUUACCUCUACAGAGGAGUCCUCUUAAGUACAGGGGAGACUCAUUGGUACCCACAGAACCCAUUUUCCUUCAGAUAUCGUAAAGCAAAAGUUCCACAGACCCAAAUUUGGAGCAAAUUUGGAGUAUUUAGCCCCCUUCCUGACAAGCUAUGCCAACAUGGUUGGUACCAACCUACUUUCGGUUGUCCAGUUUGACAAGAUACUGGUACCUUAGAGCUAGCUUAAAAAAUGAGAACACCAUAGCCUCUUAAAGACAGUAAUGUUGGCUGAGUUGGGGCCAGCAAUUGUAUCAAGGAGGUUAUGGCCCUACCUGACCCCACAUUGGGGGGUGCCACUGUCUCCCUCCCUCCUUCUCUCUCUCUGUCUCUCUCUCUCUCUCUCUCUCUCUCACUCCACAAGAAACAUCUAUAAAUGCACAGUAGGGAGCAGAUUUUAUUUUGUAUAAUGAAGUUCUUAAAUAUCUGCAGGGAAAAACAAUCAGCGAUUGUCUCUUCAGUUGUCAAGUCAGUAGGAAAAAGCCUUGACGCAAUAGUUCCAAGACAACAAAUGAAUCGUGAAAAUAGUGGUAACAUCGUAGAACACAGUGUAACAUAAAAUAAGACCAGCUGAAAUGCAGGAGCACAGACUCAUGUCCACAGAUGUGUUGCCCUCUUUCUCCUUUCUCUUCUUUAUAGACAGUUCCUACGCACAGAACGAGAACUUGCCCUACGCUUGCUUUGAUAAAUGAGGCCCCGGAUCUUUGAGUGCCUCUCUGCUGCGUACGCCCAGUGAGGCAGAUACUGGCAAUGGAGCAAUAUAGAAAAAAAAAGAAGAAAAAAUUAAAAACAGCCGGUGUUAGUGUCCUACUUUGUGGCAUCUUCACACUACUGUCGCCUCGGCUUUUCUGUAUCGUAGAGUAGGUGCAAGUGACCAGCCAGCCAAUCAAUCAAUCAAUCAAUCAGUCCGUCGACUCUUAAAUACCCUUAGACGAGCUGAUCAACCGCUAUCUCUCACAGACUAGCAAAGGGCUGUGUUAGUGUCAGCGUGCGAGGAGUGUGAGGAGUUUUCAAGGGCUGAUCCAUCCAAUUUUUCGUUUUUCUUUCUUUCUUUUUUUUUUUUGCAUGGCUGCUGCCGGUUAAGUGCACAUUGACACGAGGACAGGUCACGCAGGGAUUAAGAAUACUUUAAACUCCCCCUUUUGAGCUAGGAAUGCAGUGAGAUCGGGCGGGAAAAAGAGAUUACUCCAAAAUAAAAUCUGAUACCAUGAGCAACUAGUGAUAUACCAAAAAUUCAAAUCUCUUUAACGAAGCAGCUUUCUGUCCUCCAUCCUGGUUGCCUCAAAUGAUCCGAGUUUCACCUCCAAAUUGUUGGCUGUGAAAACAUGGUAUAAGUCCCUCCCCUUCCCCAUUAACAGCUUGACCUUACCUCGCCUCACAUCACACGCCGACCAUCGGUUUGCUCUUCACACACACAUCAGAGUGGGAUGUCACGUGGGAGUCUACACUCGCCUCUGGAUUUUCAUCGACUUUAGCCCCUGACCCCAGUUUACUCUCUGAUCCCUUUUUGCUUGAUAUUCUCCUGUGACGUGUUGUUUCGUUUGUUUGUUUUCCUUGACAAACUGUGACGACGAGAACUACAUUCCCUUGAAGACAGCAGCGGAUGUAAUAGGCCCACACUUUGUGCUCCGUCCCUUUCAAUCUCUAGCUGUUCACGAUCUGAGUCCUGUGGAUCUAUGCAGAUGAACCCCACCCCAAAACUGACCCCCACCUACCCUCCCUGACCACCACCACCACCAACCCCCCUUGUCCUUUCUGUUGUAAAUAUGUCCUGAGGAUGUGGGAUCCCAAAAUGGCCGCCCUCCCGUCCCCACCUUCCCAGCCCUCCCCUGCCCACUCCCCCACUGUUGGAAUCUCACUGUGUUUUCUGUUCGCCUCCUUGGUUUUUGUCUGUUUUUUGAGAUUUUUGCCGCAUUUUUCUGUUGUCUAAAGCAGUGGUGUGAGUUGAUGAGUAGGACUAAGUUGGAUGUUAAAAAGACGAGAUGAAGAGGUCUUGAGAAAAAUAUACAAAAAAAUGAAGCUUGACUUGAGAAAGGGUUCAAAUAUAGAGAAAAAAUUAUGAUAAAGUUGUCAUAUUGUCAUACUAGAGAUGCUUUAGUUUGCUAAUUUACUUUCUUUUUUUUCUACAAAAGACUUGGAUGAAAUUAUUUAUAAAAUGCGUCCCACGAGUCAUGAUCUUUUUUGGACGUGAAACAAAUACAUUUAUUAACAUUUUGUUCAAAAGAAAAUAAAUAUAAAUUAU